GGAAUCAGUAAAUACCAAAGCGUAUCGAUUGCUGGAGCGAGCUGACUGUACUAAUCGAGGUGAUCAACAGAUGAUGGGAGACGUGAGUUGUGGGCUGGUCGAUGUUCAGGUCAUCGCCGCGCUACUUGCGGAUGAUGAUAGGUAUCCAGAGGUGAUCAAUACCCCGGAGGCUGCAAACUCGGGCCCGGAAACGAUGAUCGGUAAUCCAAGCAGGGAGACCAGGAAGAGGAAACCGCACUCUGGGGCUACGAGCCAUGAACUAAUUGUAAACCCAGCGACAUCCGUAAUCAAUCAUACGGAGGAUCGAUGCCAAAGGAUUGCCCUGCAGGGACCGAUCGGGAGCCUUCAAACAGAAGGAAUCGAUGAGCGGGGGUCGAUCCAGCGCCAGAAUCCAGCUCUUAACCAGGGGUUCGGAAUUGCCAAAGAAAACGGGAGUACGGAUGAUACAAUCAAUAACCAAAGGGAAAUGAAGCAAAGGCCUUGUUUGAGUGGAGUAAUCAAUAACCAGAUUGGAAACCGAAGUGCUGAUGAGAUCGAUGCAUUGAUCAUAGGAGCGAAAUCGAGAGUAUUUAGUGGAAAAGUCGGAUUUGCUGGUGCGAGAGGAAACUUUAAUUUGUUUGGGUGUUCUGGUAGAUUGUGGACGUUUGUGCUGUUUCAUAUCCACGUGCUGCAGACCCUGGCCCAAGAUGAUGUUCCACCAUAUUUUAAGACUGAGCCAGGGCUGCCACAGAUUCACUUGGAGGGGAAUCGCCUCGUCUUAACAUGCUUGGCAGAGGGAAGUUGGCCACUUGAGUUUAAAUGGUUACGAAAUGAUACAGCUAUCACAGCAUUCUCUAGUGAAUACAGGUAUGUUAUUCCAUCCCUCCAGCGCUCCGACACUGGGUUUUACCAGUGUGUGGUGCGGAACAGACGUGGAGCACUUUUACAGAGGAAGACACAAGUACAAGUAGCAUACAUGGGAAACUUUGAAGGAGGUGACCAACAGAUCGUAGUAUCGCAGAAUCAGGCUGCAGUACUAAAACCUCCAGACAUCAACAGCUACCCACAACCACAAAUGACAUGGUUCCGUGAUGGUCAAAAGAUUAUCCCCGGCAACAGGAUAGCUAUAACUCUCGACAAUCGUCUGGUGGUGCUUUCAGCGGCUGCAGCAGAUGCAGGAAAUUACUAUGUACAAGCAGUCAAUGAAAAGAAUGGGGAAAACAAGACUAGCCCAUUUAUCUACCUGAAAAUCACAAAUGCUGGCGACCCAGCUGACCCUGUGGCACCAACAAUUGUUGUUCCUCCGAAAAACACCAGUAUAGUCGCUGGCACAAGUGAGGUCACUUUAGAAUGUGUUGCCAAUGCAAGGCCUGUGGACAGACUGCGUAUUACCUGGAAGCAAAAUGGUGUGAAACUGAUCAGUGGAAUCGGUGCGUUUGGAAGGCGAUUGUCAAUCUUAAAUCCAACCUCAGCUGUUAUUGGCAUGUAUGAGUGUGAGGCCACAUUGCAGAGCAGCAGUGUUUCUGUUUACGCACAUGCCUACCUGUCCAUUAUAGAACCUCCAUACUUUACUGCAGAACCUGACCGGAGGAUUCAGGGUGAAGUAGAAAAAACUGUUGAUGUUCCAUGUAGAGCUAUGGGUAUACCUCUACCUAGUCUGGAAUGGUACAAAGAUUCAGUCCCAGUAAUAAUGUUGAACAACAGCAGAUAUAAGGAGAUGGUAAGCGGGAUCCUGCAGAUCCAGGGUCUGGUCCCUGAAGACUCGGGAAUAUUCCAGUGUUUUGCUAGGAAUGAAGCAGGAGAUAUUCAAACGUCUUCAUAUCUCACUGUUACCAACAUUGCACCAUCCUUCAUCAGAGCUCCAUCAGACACUGCAGUAACAGAUGGAGCAGCUGCAAUUUUACACUGUGAAGUUUCAGGAGCACCAAAGCCCGGCAUUACAUGGAAGACAGGUAAUAAGAUUUUGGCGAGUGGUUCAAUACAAAUUCCACGAUUUGCACUUCUGGAAUCGGGUGGAUUGCUGAUAAAACCAGCCCUUGUUCAAGAUGCAGCGACAUAUACCUGUUUUGCAGUGAAUUCCAAGGGAGCGGUCAACGCAUCAGCUCAUCUCACUGUGUGGACCCGUACUGUCAUCUCAGACCCACCCAAGGACCGCAGUGUAAUCAAAGGAACGACAGCGGUACUAAUAUGUGGAGCAUCUCAUGACCCCAGGGUCACAAUCCGGUUUGUCUGGAAAAAGGAUGGAAUUAGUAUUAAUGCAAAUACUGUACCCAGAAUUAUCGUAGGGCAAGAUGGUUCACUUCACAUUAGUCAGACUUGGUCAGGUGAUAUUGGUGACUACACCUGUGAGGUUCUGUCCUUGGGAGGAAAUGACUUUAGAACUGCCCGCCUGGAAGUCAUUGAGCUGCCUCACCCACCCAGAAAUCUGCAGGCAAAUUUAAACUCUUCAAGCAGCCGAGCAGUGGAUUUAUCAUGGACACGGCCCUUUGAUGGAAACAGCCCCAUCCUGCACUAUAUUGUGGAGCUGUCUGAAAACAACUCACCGUGGAAAGUACAGUUACCUAACAUUAAUCCAGCAGUGAUGCACAUUACUGUGAGUGGGUUGACACCAGCUCGUUCAUACCAGUUCCGAGUAUGUGCAGUGAACCAGCUGGGGAAAGGACAGUAUAGCACAGAAACCAGCAGGCUGCUGUUACCUGAAGAGCCUCCUAGUGCCCCUCCUCAGAAUAUUAUGGCCAGUGGUCGAACAAACCAAUCCAUAAUGGUACAGUGGCAGCCUCCCCCAGAGCAAGAGAUCAAUGGGGUCCUCAAAGGAUACAUCCUCAGGUAUCGACUUGCAGGCCUUCCAGGUGGAUACCAGUUUACAAACAUCACUAGCCCUGAAGUGACCUAUUGCCUCCUUAAGGACCUCAUUAUUUGGACCCAAUAUGAAAUCCAAGUUGCAGCAUACAACAGUGCAGGGCUUGGUUUAUACAGCAGGGCAGCAACUGAGUACACGCUGCAGGGAGUACCAACAGCACCCCCACAGAAUUUGGUAGUGGAAGCUGUGAACUCCACUGCUAUCAAGUUUACAUGGGAUCCUCCUCCUCAGCAGUUCAUUAAUGGUAUCAACCAAGGUUACAAGCUCCUUGCUUGGACUAUAGACUCAACAAAUGCAAUUGCAGUGGUGACCAUCACCCCCGAUUUCCAUGGAACACGCCAUGAAGGAUUCUUUACAGGCCUCCGCAAGUUCACAAAAUACUACGCAUCUGUAUUGUGUUUUACAACACCAGGCGAUGGUCCUAAGAGUCCACCCAAGCUUGUACAGACCUACGAAGAUAGACCGGGAGCUGUGGGGCACUUGAGUUUUACAGAAAUACUUGACACCUCUUUGAGAGUCAGCUGGCAAGAACCGCAGGAAAAGAAUGGGAUCCUCACAGGUUACCAAAUUUCUUGGGAAGUGUAUAACAGAAAUGAAAGUCGUUUGAGACGCAAGUUGUCAAAUAGAACAUGUGAAUACAAGGUAACAGGACUUAGUUCCCUUACCACCUACACCAUUGAAGUGGCAGCCAUGACAGCAGCUGGAAUUGGAGUUGUGACAGUAUCUACCAUCUCAUCUGGAGUACCACCAGAACUCCCAGGUGCUCCAUCUAACCUUGUGAUCUCAAAUAUCAGUCCACGAUCAGCCAUGCUUCAAUUCCGGCCAGGGUUUGAUGGGAAAACGUCCAUCUCAAAAUGGAUAGUGGAGGGACAGAUAGGAGUGAUUGGAGAAGAUGAAGAGUGGGUUUUACUAUAUGAAGCAGAGAAUGAACCAGAUGCCCAGAUGUUAGAAAUCCCAAAUUUGACUCCUUAUACAUACUACAGGUUUCAAAUAAAGCAGAUGAACAUAGUGGGCUCUAGCCCUGUAAGUUGGCCUUCCCGCAUAAUCCAAACUCUGCAGGCUCCACCAGAUGUAGCACCUGCUAGCGUCACAGUGCGAACAGCAAGUGAGACCAGCUUAUGGGUUCGCUGGGUGCCUGUUCCAGAGUCUGAGUAUAAUGGUAACCCCGAAUCAGUUGGAUAUAGAAUUAAAAACUGGAGACUGGACGGUGUUGGCACACCUGUAACUCAGAUUAUUAAUGACCGUCUGGAACGGGAGAUCACCAUUGAAGAUCUAGAGGAAUGGACUGACUAUGUAUUCCAGAUCCAGGCUUUUAAUGCCAUUGGUUCAGGACCUUGGAGCAAACAAGUCCGAGGGCGUACAAGAGAAUCAGUUCCAUCAGCUGCUCCAGGAAACGUUACAGCAGAGGCUGUGAGUUCCACACAGAUUCUGGUCAUGUGGGGACCAGUCCCGGAAUCUGAUCAAAAUGGACUAAUAUUGGGAUACAAGAUCCUGUACCGAGAGAGAGAUUCUGAAUCAGGUACUCACAAUCAUCUAGUGAAAGGAAACUUUACACAAUCUGUUGUCCUGAAUGGUCUGAGGAAGUACAGUCAAUACGAGAUUCAAGUUUUGGCAUUUACCAGGAUUGGGGAUGGAGUUCCAAGUUCACCAGUUCUAAUAGAGAGGACAAAAGAUGAUGUUCCAGGCCCCCCCAUUAGAUUGUUGUUCCCAGAAGUCCAGUUAACAUCACUGAGAGUUGUCUGGCAGACACCCGAAAACCCCAAUGGCAUCAUUCUAGGUUACCAGAUAGCUUACCGUCUGGCAACUGCUGAACCAAACAAGUUCAUUAUUACAGAAGUCAGUUCCAAUGUCCGACAAUACUCUGCAACAAAGCUGACACCUGAGUCUGCAUAUGUCUUCCGUGUGUCUGCAAAGACACGUCAGGGCUGGGGGGAGCCAGUGGAGGCGGUUGUGAUCACCACAGAAACUAGAGACCACCCGCAGCCAGCUACCAACCUGACAAUACCUCAGUCUGAGAUUCGUGGUCGCAGCUUAUUGUUGCAGUGGAAACCCGGCAGUGAUGGUUCAUCACCAAUCCGCUACUUCACAGUGCAGACAAAGGAACUACCUAACAGGGAAUGGCAGACACACACCUCUUCAAUCAAUCAUGAUGCUACAUCAUAUGUGAUAGACCGCUUAAAGCCUUACACUUCCUACCAGCUACGAAUAAUGGCGACAAAUGAUAUUGGAGACAGUGCUUUUAGCACACCAACAGAGCCAGUGACAACACUGCAGGAUGUUCCCAGUGAGCCACCAAUUAUUCUGUCUGUGAUUCCACGCACCACUACCUCGGUCCUUGUUCAAUGGCAGCCACCAAAAGAAGAAAGUUUAAACGGCAUAUUGUUGGGAUUCCGCAUUUACUACAGGGAGCUUGUGUAUGAGAAUAUGCCAGUAUACAACACACAGCCCAUUGGGGACCCUUCUUCUCUGCAGACAGAGCUAACACCUGAGAGUAGCUUCAAGACAGUGAGCAGCUCCACAGUAACCGAGUUCGAACUAACACAACUAAAGAAAUACACAAGAUAUGAAAUUCUAAUGAAAACAUUUAAUGUAGUGGGUGAGAGCCCUGCCAGCAGCCCUAAAGAGGUCUAUGUAGGAGAAGCAGUUCCCACAAGAGGUCCUCAGAAUGUACAGGUACAUCCUCUCACAGCAACUCAGUUGGAAGUUACAUGGGAUCCUCCCCCAACAGAGUCACAGAAUGGCAAAAUACAAGGUUACAAGAUCCAUUACUGGGAGCUACAGAAUCAGAAUGAAACACACAAGCUGAAGAUCCUCUUCCUCCCAGAGAACACCAUCAGACUCAAAAACCUGACCAGCUAUACCAUUUACAUGGUCAGUGUGUCAGCAUUCAACGCUGCUGGGGAUGGACCCAGGAGUGACCCGGUUGAGGGAAGGACACACCAGGCCGCUCCAAGUGCUCCCAGUUAUAUCACAUUUGCAGAAGUUACCACCACUACGUUGAAAGUGUUCUGGGGAGAGCCAGCAAUGCCCAAUGGAAUUCUUGAGGGAUACAGAUUGGUCUACGAGCCAUUGGAAUCAGUGCAAGGUGUGAGUAAAGUGGUGACAGUCGAUCUUAGAGGCAACAAUCAACGCUGGUUGAAGGUUCGGGACUUGUUUAAAGGGGUUCCUUAUUGUUUUCAUGUCCAAGCUAAAACCUACACCUUUGGCCCUGAGAUAAGGGCUAAUGUUACACCGGGACCUGAAGAAGGUUCCCCUGGUCCCCCGCUAAACCCUUCGAUUACUGAAACAUCAUCUACUCUUACUAUUCAUUGGACACAGGGUUUGCUUGGAGCUGGACCAUUAAAAGGUUAUGUAAUUGAGACACGACCCUCAGAUGAAGGAUUAUGGGAUACAUUUGUGAAGGAUAUCCCUGGUGAUGCAACAUCCCACGUGGUUAACCGGGAUCAACUGAAGCAAGGAGUGAGCUAUGAAUUUCGGAUUAUCGCGGUCAAUCAAUUUGGAUAUGGGGAACCAAGCACACCAUCCACUGUGAGAUCAGCUCAGCUUGGAAAUCCUCCAUUUUAUGAAGAGUGGUGGUUUCUGGUAGUGAUGGCUCUCUGCAGCCUUAUUCUCAUUCUGCUCAUGGUGUUUGGGCUGAUCCUACAUGGACAGAGCAAGAAGUAUAAGAACAACACUGGUAAAAAUAGUACAAAUGUGGAAGAAACUCUCACCUUAGAUAAUGGAGGGUUUACUGCACUGGAACUGCACAGCAGACACCUGACUGUCAAGAGCAAUUUCUGUAAGAAGAAUGGCACCAGGUUUCCACCCAGGCCCAGCCCAGGAGGGUUACGCUAUUCUGAUGAGGAUUUAUGUAAUAACUACAAUGGAAUUGUGCUAACAGAAAGCACCACUCUGACAGAGAAACCCACUGAAAUGUCAGAGUCAGAGGCCACUGACAGUGAUUACGAAGGUGAAUUGCCAAAAAGCACACACUCAUUUGUAAACCACUAUAUGAGCGAUCCCACCUACUACAACUCAUGGAAGAGACAACCAAAGGGACUUCCAAGAACUUCAGCCUACACUUAUGAGGAAUGCACAGAUGGUGAACAGGAGCCAUACUAUCCAACUGUGAUCACGACACAGAGUACAGGGGGUGCCUACACACCUACAGGACAGCCUGCUUCGGGAGCAAGGACUCCUGUGACUGGAUUUUCUUCCUUUGUGUGAUAAUCCAUUAUGAACAGCGUAAGACAAUUCCUGAAAUAUUGCUUCACUCAAUGGACCAACGUGCCAGAUAAAGUGACACACAAUCACAGUGCAGAAGAAAGCAAUCUUGUGGAAAUUGUCAUCUCCAAAGCUGCCUAAA